UAGUCGCUGAUAAAGUUGAUGGUUCAUCUGAUGGACCAAAUCUACUAGGAUAUAUUUCCAAUUUCCAAAUGAGUGUUUCGUUAGUAAAAUUAGGACACAAAUUUAUUUAUUUAUAGUAGAUCUUAGCAAUAUAAAUAGAAAAGAAAACCCUAUAUUGUUUGGUUUUCCUCUCUCAUCAGAAAUCAGGGAAAUCAGGGUAUACAAAAAUACAUAGUAGAAAAAUACAUACAAAAGAGAGAAAAACACUCUUUUUCUUCAUUUUUUUUCCCUCUCUUCCACCCCCAAACAAACAAAACCCUUUUUUACAUCAGAAGAAGAAAUGGGUAAGUACAUGAGAAAAGCAAAGGUAACAACAGGAGGAGAAGCAUCAAUGGAAGUAGCUCAAUCAACUAUUGGUGUUUUAACUAGAGCAAAAACCCUAGCUUUACAAAGGUUACAGAAGAAACAAACUACUACCUCUGAGACUUCAAAUAUAUCUCCUAAUAACGCUGCUGCUGCUGUCACUGGAUCUUAUUUUCAACUUAGGAGCAGGAAACUUGAGAAACCACCAUUACUUGUUGUUUCUUCAGCAAAGAAAAAUGAAGUCAAAGAUAGUUGUAAGAAAAGCCCUAAUUCUAAACUUAGGACAAGUCCUAGAUUGGCUCUCGCUUCUGUCAAUUGUGAUGACAACACUCUUACUUGUUGUAAGAACAGCAACAAUGACGAGAGUAAAGAUGAGGCUUCCUUCGGAGAAAACUUUCUGGAGAUCGAAGAAAGAGAUAGGGGUACGAGAGAACCCACACCGUGCAGUCUGAUUAGAAACUCUGAGAUUUUGAGCACUCCUGGUUCUACUACCAGGACCACCAACUCAACAGCCAGAAAUCGAAUAAUACAGAACCCAAUGCGGGGAAACAUUCCGACAACUCAUGAGGUAGAAGAAUUUUUUGCUGUUGCAGAGCAGCAACAACAAAGAGCAUUCAUAGAUAGGUACAACUUUGAUCCCACUAAUGAUUCCCCACUACCGGGACGUUAUGAAUGGGAAAGAUUGGAUGUUUGAGGUGAACCUGUGGACUCGAACAGGGCCUAGUCUUCAGCGAAAUUUAUUUUUUGAUCGCUUUCAGGCUGAAGAUGUUACGAGAGUUGCAGGUUGGAAGGGUCCUGUUAAUGCUGGUGGUACUCCAUUUUGGACCACCUUACAUCUAUGUUGUAAAGGUUAAAAAAAGAAGAAAAAGCUCUUAAAAAGAGAUGUUUAGUACUAGUCCAAUGUCUGUAACAUAGCAGGGCUGAUGAAUUUACACAUCGCUCUGAAAAAAGAAACAGAUAUAAACUCCUAGUACCUUGAGACUGAGAUUAUUUGACAAGGGAAGGGAGAAAAGAAAAAAAAGGUUGGAACUUAGAAUUCUAAUCAGAGCAAGUGGGGUUGGGGGUAUAGGAAAUGGCUAAACUAGAUUCUGGUUUUUCUUUCUUCUUUCCCGUUUAUUUUUUUCUUUAAUUUUUUCCCUGUCUAUAGAUACAGUCACCAGAAGCUUUGAAGCUCAUUGCAAUAAAAGCCAAUCUUCAUUUUUCUUUAA